GUCGCGGUGGGUUGUUCCUCCGUUGGCUGAGAAGAGCUGCUUCUCCUGCGGGUCAAAUUAGCUGCUGCAGCGUUUCAGGGAAGCCUUUCGCGGACCACCGGAGCUCACAGUGCAAUAAACAUGGCAGCAGAGCUAUCCACUACCAUAAAUAUCAAUGAGCCUCGGUGGGACCAAAGCACAUUUGUGGGUCGAGCAAAGCAUUUUUUCACUGUCACAGACCCCAGAAAUGUCCUUCUCACCAACGAACAACUAACCCAUGCACAUAGGAUCAUAACUGACUACAGAAAAGGGGUUGUGUCCCCGGGGCUGACAGAGGAUGAACUGUGGAGGGCCAAAUAUAUAUUUGACUCAGCUUUUCAUCCCGACACUGGAGAGAAGAUGAUCCUGAUUGGUCGCAUGUCAGCCCAAGUCCCCAUGAAUAUGACGAUUACUGGGUGUAUGAUGACAUUUUACAAAACUACUCCAGCUGUUUUGUUCUGGCAGUGGAUUAAUCAGUCAUUCAAUGCUAUCGUCAAUUACACUAAUAGAAGCGGAGAUGCUCCAAUCACAGUCAAUCAGCUUGGCACGGCUUAUGUGUCUGCUACAACUGGGGCUGUCGCCACAGCUCUAGGUCUGAAUGCACUAACAAAGCAUGUCUCUCCCCUCAUCGGACGGUUUGUUCCCUUUGCUGCUGUUGCUGCUGCUAACUGUAUAAACAUCCCAUUGAUGAGACAAAGAGAACUGAAGCAUGGUAUUCCUAUUACAGAUGAGAACGACAAUAGGUUAGGAGAAUCCACAAAAGCUGCACAGCAAGCAAUAUCUCAGGUAGUGGUCUCCCGAAUCCUCAUGGCGUCACCAGGAAUGGCAAUUCCACCCUUUCUAAUGAACCACUUAGAAAAGAAGGCAUUCCUGAAGAAGUUCCCAUGGAUGAGUGCACCUAUUCAAGUCAGCCUGGUGGGAUUCUGCUUGGUGUUUGCCACUCCUCUUUGUUGUGCGCUCUUUCCUCAAAAGAGCUCGAUAUCAGUGAGCCGCCUUGAGCCUGAACUUCAAGAGAAGAUUCGGGCAGAGCACCCUGGAGUAGAGAGAGUCUACUUCAACAAAGGGCUAUGAGACUGUAGUGGCCACUGCCCCACUGUACUGCCUCUUCUACCGACUACACCCAUUGUCCAUUUUAUUCAAUGUGCCAAAGUUAAGUUUCUCCUUAUGUACACAUCUCAGAUGGAUAUGUGAAGCCCCAUUCUUGUAAUUGCAUACUUGAUUUUAUAAAUAUGUGACUCUUUGAAUUUGUAUUAACAUAAAACUAUGACUUUGCCAAUGAAAUGUAUUGCCAUAAGUUAUCAUAACUUAUCAGCAUAUUUAUUUAAAGACUCAUUGCCAAACUGUUCACAGUGAUUUGUUUAACAUUACAUAAAAUGAUAAGUAACUAAGAUUUCAAAGGUUAUUAAGCCAGUUUUGAAAUUCAGCAAGCACUUGGGAAUUUAGGCAUGUAAUUUAAACUCAGUCCUUCUUAUUGCAGGGUCCUAUAGAAAUCAUAAAGUAAGAGAUAAGGUGCUACAGUAUUUGAUGUCUUAAUAAAUGUUCAUGUGCUACUUACUGUAUUUGCGAAACGUCUUAGAACAAACCACUCCUCUCUAAAGUGCUUAUAUUUUAUCAACAGUUUAUAGCAAGACACAAAACCAGUAUUGAAAACAUAAGAUUUGCCCAGAUGCUAUUUUUUACUUCAAAUAAGUCAAAUACAAUGCAGUAGGAUAUGGAGCCUGUGUUUUGUUUAUGUUGUAACACAUAACUCAAAAGAUAUUUCCAUUAUGGUACAGAUUUAAGGGAUUUGUAGUUAGGAUAUGUUUGUGUUGAAAUAUUGAGAAUAUUUUGAAUUAACUAUAAAGCUAUUAAAUUGAACAUGAACUUUACCAAAUACAAUUUACUACUUACUAAUACAUACCUAACUGAAAAUUCGCAAUCACAAUAAUCACAGAGAUUAAUUGUAUAAAAUAUAAAUGCAGUG